AUGCAGAACGCACUGUCGUCCAACUUGAACAUGGAAAAGCGAUUCGAAUAUUUGACCACAUUCUCUAGCAAUAUCGCGGGGAUGGUCUACGAGUUGAAAGACUUGAUAAAAAUUCACGAAAUUUUAAUUUAUAAAGAAAAGCUCAGCAGCACGAAAAAGGACCAGCUGCAAAAGCACCAGGAUGAUCUCAUGGCGCUCAAGCUGGACCUCGAAUCGAUCAAAAAAGAAAACGAAAAUAUGGAUGGACAGCUUAAGUAUUACAAAAAGAUUGACGAGUCCAUUAACAACGAAAUUGUUAACACGUCGGUGAACAUACGGAAGAUGAAGCUUCACAUAAACAUGGAGGAGAAGAAAAAAAUCGAGAUAAAAAAAGAUAUCGACGAAAUGAAGAACGUAAGACAGGAGCCGUGA